AUGAAUCGGGAGAUUCCAGGGUUCUACUAUGAUCCCGACAAGAAGAAAUAUUUCAAGAUCCAGGCUAGUCAUAAAGCCGCCCCAGGAGCACAGUACUCAAAGGAUGCAGUCAAGAGGAAACGGGUCGAGCAUGAGAAACGCCAGAGGAAAGUCCACCUCAGUCGGAGACUGGCAAAGGAGAAAAUCAAAAGGUCGCCGUUCGUGCGAAGUCCCCUUCUCGGAAUUGAACGAGAAAUCGGAGCGCAACAUAUAUCAAAGCCCUUGCGACAAGAGCAACAAGGCCUCACAUAUGCGAGCCAAAUCAGUCGAAAACAGUUACAUCGAUUUGAACCGUGGCCAAGUGAUUACACCAUUAAGCAUGUGCUACGCAACAACCGUUCUGGCAUCCUUAUUGCCAGUGGCCACCGCGGUGGUGAAUCUUCAGUGUCAGUAUGCUUUCCAGACACCGACCAAGAGAUUUGGACAUAUAAUCGGACGAUGGAGCGAGUGCUCUUCCGAGAGCCGUACAGACUCUCUUCUAUCUCCUUGAGUCAUACCGGAUACUUGCUAGCCACGAUGGAUAGUGGCCCAAAUGGCGACUCAUUCCUUGCUCCACGUAUGCUGCCUGACCUUGGUGAAGGCGGCGAUUAUCGUUGGCCUGCUUUCUUCGCCCAUCCCAUUCGCAUUCGUACUGAGUCAUCCUUGUGGUGCUCGUCACCAUGUCCAGAGGGAGACAAAGCACUCUUCGCGAUUGGCACCUCCGAAGGCCUGUAUACUCUAGAAGGAUUGGGAAGUUAUUGGGCUCUAUCCAAGAAGCCAUUCCCCAGCGAUGUCUCCACCGGAAAGCCAAUUCUCCAUCGACGUACAGAUUCCUCUCACGCACUAGUCACCAGCGUUGAAUGGCUGUCUUCGACUGUCAUUGCUGCUGGUCUGAAAGACUCAACCGUCUUCCUUCACGAUCUCCGCAGUGGGGGGACUGCAACGCGUCUACAACACCCCCAUGCAGUCACGAAGAUCAGGAACCUUGAUCCUUAUCGAAUCGUCGUGGCAGGUAUAAACUCGCUUCAAAUGUACGACAUCCGGUACGCACAUAACGGCCUACAGCGCAAUCCGAGACCCAAUCAUCCGCGUCACACUUCGACUAGGCCAUAUCUCUCAUUUUCCGACUUCUCACCGGAAGUCAUCCCCGACUUUGAUAUCAGUCCUGAACUUGGGCUUCUGGCAAGCGCUUCCGAUGAGCGCAAGGUUCAAUUGUUCUCCCUUCGUACUGGAGAACAAGUCUUUUCUCCUCUAACGAAAUACCAAUACGCGAAUCCUAUUUCCUCGCUACGGUUUGAAUCGGGUGAUGGGUCAUUACAUGGGCCACAGACCCCCACUCUACUGGUCUGUUCUAGUGCUACUGUUGAUGAAUGGGGUUGGUAG